UGAAAUCAAACUAAAGUUGGCAUUUUAAAAGUAAUGUAUUAAACGUGUAAACAUGGUGUAACUCAGUAAAGUAGGUAAAGCUUGUUACAUUCGUAAAGAUGUUUUCAGGAAUCGUUAAAGUUCAAGAUUUAAAUGACUAUCUUUCACCAUCACAGGAUUGCGUCGUUCAGCUGUCGCAAAAAGAAAAUAUCAAAAAAAUCGAAAAAAAAAAUAAACAGUUAAACAACGAUACAGCUACUCCAAUUCGUCCUGACCUUAUAAAGUUGUUUCCUAAAAGAAAUAACCAUAAAGCUGUUUCUGAAAAAACGAUUAAUGUUUCACUUACAAACGAGUUAAAAAAUAGUAUUCAAAAUAGUUUAGAGGAACCAGAAACGUCUUCAUCUGCUGCUAAAAUUUCUCUCUAUGAUUGUCUUGCAUGUUCAGGAUGUGUCACUGCAUCAGAUUCCAUUUUUUUGCAAGAACAAAGUUUAGACAAAUUUAUGUCGCAACUAUCCUGCUCAACGUUUAGUGUGAUGACUUUUUCUUUAGAAUCAUUGCGUUUCCUUGCCAUGCACUAUAAAUGUGCCAAUUUUAAAAAGUGUUUUCAAAGACUUGUUACUUUUUUUAAGUCAAAACUGGGAAUUUCAGUUGUCCUUGAUGUAUCACUCUUUCAUUCAUUAAGCCUUGCUGAAUUAUCUCGACUGUUUAUACUCUCUUAUCAAACAGCUAACAAAGCGUCAAAAGAAAAAAAUUUAGAGACAGCCUUUCAUCAAAGUGAAAAUGACAUAUUCCCUAUGUUAACAUCCCAUUGUCCAGGUUGGGUGUGUUAUAGUGAAAAAACCCAAAAUCAAGCUAAUGUUUCAAAAAUAUCCCCACUUAAAUCUGAACAACAGCUUACUGGAUUUUUUGUGAAAACCCUUUUAAAAGAUUGUUAUAACAUGCGUAGGCUUUUGCAUAAAUAUCGUCAAACACUUUUUUUAUUUCCAUAUAAUCAUUUAAUCGAUAGUCUUCGAGUUAUUGAAAAAUUUACACCAGAAAAAUUUAACAAGCCUUACCUUGUUUCGGAAGCUAUUUUUCACGUCACAGUUGUUCCUUGUUAUGAUAAAAAGCUAGAAAUUUUACGAAACAAUAGUGUGCUACAAUUAUCUGAUAAUGCGAUACCCUUUAAAGAAGUUGAUGUAGCUUUAGCAACAAGUGAAAUUAUUGAACUUUUGAAUCAACACGGAAUAAUUUCUUCUAACGAUUUUCAUGAGUUACUUGUGGAAGAAAUUCCAGAAAAUUUGGAUAACAUUUUGCUAGAUACUGCAUCUUGGUACCCAUGGAUUUUUUUUUUAGAACAAAGUGUAAAACAAAUUCCCUUAUACCAAAACAUCAAGGAAUUUUUUCCCAUCAUUAAUGACCGUUCUAUAAAGACAUUAUUAACGCAUGGGUCAAGUGUUUGCCUUUGUUGUCAUUCUAUUUUGACAAGUACAAAAACAAAUGGAACAGGAGAAUUUCUCGAGUACGUUUUUAAAAUAGCAGCUAUGAAAUUAUUUAAUAUUCCUUCAAACGAAUGCGAUGAAUUUAAAUAUACCAUUCUUAGUAAUAAAGACUAUAAGAAGCUUCAACUAACUAAUAAAGAGAAAGUUCUUUUAACAUUUACUUAUGCUUAUGGUUUUCGUAAUAUUCAAAAUCUGGUACGAGAUUUGACUAAAAAGGAUAGCAACCAAUUACCAGAUUUCGUUGAAAUUAUGGCAUGUCCGCGAGGGUGUAAUUAUGGUGCCGGCCAAUUAAUACCGAAUUCUUCUAAUAAAACGACAACGCGUGAUUUGACACUAUUUUUUGAAAAUGUGAAGGAACCAUCCUUCCUUUUGUACCCUCAUGAAAAUCCAUUUGUUUACUUGUUUUAUCUGUAUACUAUGAAAACAUGUUCUAACAUGUCCACCUCUUCAUGCCAUGUUGAUCGAUUAUCUAUAUUUGAAGCUCAUUUUCAAGCGUUAACUAAAGGGAGUGGCGAUGAAAAGAAUACAGGAGUCAAUCAGUGGUAGUUGAUAUACUAAAUUCAGGCUCUAAAGUGUGGGAGUGAGAGAUGUUUUUCACAC